AAUGAUGAGCAGGUUAUGUUUCAAAAGAUAUCAUUUUAAAUUAUCUUUCAUCGUAUAAAAACUGCCACCGGAGACUGAUCAGAGAUACAGUUUGAUUGAUCUUCCAGCGGUUCGGACAGCAGUGCGGCAGUGACUAGUGGCCAUUGUAGACAAAUCAAAAAAAAAGUUCUACUAGAAUGAGGGUAUUUAUUUCGAUUGUGGCAAUUGCUGCUGUAGCAGCUGGCAAUGCCGUUAUCCAGGAGCCAUCAUCGCAUCUGCAACCUCCCAGUGAUUCGCAACAGGACUUCAAUGCUCCAUGGAGUGACCAGAGCUCUUGGGUACCGAUCGCCGAACCUCAGCAGCCCAUCCAUGAUUCUCAGGCCGGCAGCUACGAACAGUAUCAAGAUCACAACAACAACCACAUCGAUCAGGCUUCGCCGUCCGUCACCGUACAAGUGAACCACCCGAAUUGUGCUACCUCAUUUGCCACCGUCAACAAUUAUGCUCAGUGGCCAAUCGGUGACGGCCACGCUCCGGCCGUUACGACGGCUGACCACACCGAACAGGUAGCUCCCGUGGUCGACUACAGCAACACUGUAGUGCAAUCGAAUCCAUGGAACAACUACUACCACGCACAGGCACAGAACUCGUACGGAUCCGGUCACGUCCAGUCGGCGGUGCCGGCGGUUGCCAAGUACAUUGCCAUUACUCCCGGAUCCAUCCACAUCGCUCCACUGCCGGGACAUACGGUUUCGCAGAAAAUUGUAAAUCUGGCAGCGGCCGGUGGUUGGUAGGGGAUUCGUUUUACCCCUCCGAAUCGGAUGAAACGGGUGCAAACUGAUAAUGUUGACUAGUUGUAAUAAAAA